AUGAUUUCUAUAGCAGAUGCACUGUCCAAGAUACGUGAAAUAAUAAGUGAAAAUAAAAAUAAAAUUAUUUUUGAAACAGUGCAGCUAAAUGAUGCUUAUGGUAGAAUAUUGUACGAGAAUGUGGAAUCUACUUAUAAUUUGCCACCAUUUAAUAUUUCCACUAAACACGGAUACGCAGUACGAGUAAUUGAUGGAAAAGGUUUUAGGAAAGUGCUGCAGCAGGACAAGAAAAAUAUGUUCUCUUCGAUGUCGCUUGAACCUGGGACAUGCGUGUGGGUAAAUAGCGGAGAUCCUAUUCCCGAUGAAGCAACAGCGGUUGUACAAGUGAAGGAUGUAAAUCAAAUAAAAAAAUCUAAAGACAGUCAUAAUACAUAUGUUGACAUAUUAAUUAAACCACAAUUCAACGAAAAUAUUAAACCUGUUGGUUACGAAUUAAUGAAAGGAAAAACUGUCGCAACUCCGUAUACGCGUAUUGGCCCAUUGGAGAUUGGACUUUUAACAGCUUCUGGUCGCAAAGAAGUCAUAGUCAUUAAAAAUAUACCUAUAGGUGUGUUAUCUAUAGGAAAUAAUUUAAAGGAACCUGGAGAAAUUUUAACAUCAGGAUUUGUUUACGAUAUUAACCGAAUUACUCUAAUUACAUUACUUAAAGAGCAGGGUUACAAUUCAUUGGAUUUCGGAAUCGUGAAUAAUAUGAUGGCAUCUAUAAAAAAUAAAAUUGAUGAAGCUUUAAAGAAAGUAGAUAUACUUGUGACAACAGGCUCGACUAAUAACAGAGAUUUAAUGAAACCUAUUUUGGAGGAAUAUUACAAAGCAGACAUACAUUUCGGAAACGUAAAUAUCAAACCGGGGAAGUCAACGAUAUUUGCAACGUGCGAGAUUGAUAACACAAAGAAAUAUUUCUGGUGUCUAUCAGGAAACCCAGUAUCCGCUUUAAUUACCGCGCGAAUAUUUCUUUUGUCCUUUUUGAACGAGAUGUACUUCAACUUCUACACGGAAUAUGCUAUAGUACCAGCUUCUAUGGAAUCUGAGUACGUCUUGCAUAGUCGUUCUAGAGCGACAUGGACAAUUUUGAGAUGGAUCCCGGAAAGAAACUGCGCAUUAGUUCAUUGCAAGGGAAAUGCCAUCAGUGAUAAGUUGAUUAGUGCCUUAGAAGCUAAUGCAAUCUUAAUACUACCAAAAAAAGAAGAUGGAAAAGUAGCACUUAAAUCAUUUACACAAGCCUUACUUAUCAAAAUUCCCAACCUCUGUAGCAAUUAUUUCACAGAUCUUAAUAAAGUUUGA